AAUCGAUCUGAAAGGAAUCCAAGGCCAGAUGAAUAGGCGUUUCAUUAUAAUUUCUAUUCCUUCACAUCAGACAUCUAAGAUUCUGAAAAGUAGGUCACAUAAGCCCCAACUACAAAACCAGACACACUCACACACAAUACUUGUUUUGGAUCAAUUCAAAAAGAUGCCUUUAAAAAUGUUGUCCUCCGAGCUGCAUAAGAUGAUAAUCUCUGACUUUCCAAUCGAAGGAACAACUUCCCAUAAAUCCGUAAUGGAGGCAACAUUGGGUUCAUUCCCCAAAUUAAAAGAUUCCGAAAUUAUGAAGCCAAAGGUCCUGCUUCGGGAACAAAGAAUUCAACACCCCUUUAAAAUAAUCCGUGCCGAAGGACUAGAUUGGGUUCGCCGAAUUCAAGACAUCGAGGAAGAGGCGGAAUUAAACUGGGCAAAUAUCACGGCUAGUACAAAUACAAAUUCUGGUAAUACGUACGACCUUAAAGCCAUGAUGAGCGCGUGUGAAAAUAUUUCUGGUUCUGGAAGAUUGUCAAUCCCAAAGGUUCCUGAAACGGCCUCCCUGACCAAUGAUUGUGAUAAAUUAGAGGAUAUUUUCCCUUAUGAUGGAACAGAAGCUCAGAUCCAGAGCCCCGACGAAGUUAAUAUCGACGAGCUGGCCUGCUACUUCGAAAAUAUGGUCGACAUACCCAAGAAACUGUCGCUCAGCGCUGAAAUGAUGUACACCUGAUGAUAACAGGAAUAAAAUAAGCUUGCAUAUUUUGUACUACA